AUGCUGCGCUGGAUAGCUCUGUCCCUGGCAUUUCUGGUGUGUCUGGCUUGCGCGAAGCAAGCCAUUGACGUAUCGCCUCGUUUGGAUCAAAUAACCCAUGUCUUCGUGACGAAUAUCACGCUGCUCGACGCAGCCCCGUCUCCACGACACGAUGAGGAAUAUGCCCGUCUGCAGCAUCGUCUCGAGCGCUCGCGUGGCAAGUGGGACUCGUCGCAUGCGAGACAUAGAUUGUUGACGGCCUUGCAUGGGUAUAUGAGGUACAAGGAGAGACAUUUGGUGGAGACUAAGAAGUGGCGCGAUAUGUAUAAGAAUGUUUCGAAGAAGCAGCGAUCGCUGGUUGAAUCCACCAUUCACUACACGCGCAAACUCAACACCAUCGAGCAUCUACUCGAAGCCAACGAGAAGCUGGCCAAAGAUAUCGUCACCCAGGGUCUACAGUUCUACAACGUCUCCCAGUCCGAACUGGACGAGUUCAUCCGGCAUCAGGAGCGCCAGAGCCAAUCGACCGACCGGACCAGCGUGGCACAGGCAAUGAAGCAUUUCGUGCGCGACUGGGCCGACGAGGGAUUCGACGAGCGACAGGAGUCAUUUCCAUGUGUGCUGAAGGCUCUGAAAAGCGUGCCCAAACCAAGCGACCGACCGCUUCGAGUGCUAGUCCCCGGGGCUGGAGUGGGAAGGUUAGCGCAUGAGAUUGACGAACUUGGAGGAUUCGAGGUGACUAUGAACGAAUGGUCGAUGUAUAUGAACCUCGUAUAUCGAUACCUGGUUAGUUUGUCGACGCCGAACAGCGUAUCCUUCCACCCGUACAUUGACUGGUGGUCGCAUCACGCCACAACAAGCGAUCUCCAGCGCUCGGUAGUAUUCCCAGACCAAGUGGUGGAUCCGUCAUCUGUGCUGUUGGUGGAAGGUGAUUUCACUACGGCGUUCACCGAGGAGACCGGGAAAUACGAUGUGAUCGUGACGUUGUUCUUUAUCGACACCGCGCGCAACCUAGUCUCCUACUUGGAGAAUAUUCAUCGCUUACUCCGUCCCGGCGGAACAUGGAUUAACCUGGGACCGCUGCUAUAUGGGACUGCGCCGUUUAUACAGCUAUCGCUGGACGAGAUUGUCGCGUUGAGUGAGCGGAUUGGGUUCCGAUUCGAGGAGAUGGAGGCAUCGUGUGGCGAUAUCACACUUCCUAACUGUCCUGUUCGAGGAUUGGAAGUGGCAUAUGGUCGCAAUGGCAAGGGAUUGAGCAAGAAUGCGUAUCAGGCGCAGUUCUGGCAAGCUACGAAGCUUUGA